GAAAAACGAAGUCUACUCCGCCUUGUGUGCAUCAAAGCAGAGUCAUCUCGUUGGCCACCGCCCGACGGCAACCCCACAUGUGAGCGAAGGCGGCUAGCGCAAAGCUACAGACCCGAUCCCGGCCCUGCGCUUUCAUCAUCGCUCUUCGCAGCAGAUUUUUGUCCUUCUUGACUCACCUUGGAACCAAUCCUCAGCAUUCAAAUACCGCCCAUCCUCCACCAACCCUCUUACCUCCUCAUUCCCACAUCAAUUGCCCAACAUGUGUCCUCCCACCGAAGACACACCCGCUACCAACGGCCAUACCAACGGCACCAACGGCGCCAAUGGCAGCAAGGAAGGCUUCACAGGUGUUACGACCAGACAGAACCCUCACCCUACACACAAGAGCCCGUAUGCGCCCGUGGGUGACUUUUUGUCAAAUGUCGGCAGAUUCAAGAUUAUUGAGAGCACACUAAGAGAGGGCGAGCAAUUCGCCAACGCCUACUUCGAUCUUGAAGCCAAAAUCAAGAUUGCGAGAGCUCUUGACAACUUUGGUGUUGACUACAUCGAAGUCACCAGCCCUGCUGCCUCUGAGCAGUCAAGAAGGGACUGUGAGGCGCUUUGCAAGCUCGGAUUGAAAGCCAAGAUCCUUACCCACGUACGAUGCCACAUGGACGAUGCGAGAAUCGCUGUCGAGACUGGUGUUGAUGGCCUUGAUGUCGUCAUCGGAACCUCUGCGUACCUCCGCGAGCACAGUCACGGCAAGGACAUGACAUACAUUAAGAACACAGCGCUGGAGGUGAUCGAGUUCGUCAAGAGCAAGGGCAAGGAGAUUCGAUUCAGCUCCGAGGACUCGUUCCGAUCGGACCUGGUUGAUCUUCUGUCCAUCUACAGCGCUGUUGACAAGGUUGGAGUCGACCGUGUCGGUAUUGCCGAUACCGUUGGUUGCGCGUCCCCUCGUCAAGUGUACGAUCUCGUACGAACUCUGCGCGGUGUCGUUUCCUGCGACAUUGAGACACAUUUCCACAACGACUCUGGCUGCGCCAUUGCCAACGCUUUCUGCGCGCUAGAGGCAGGUGCCACGCACAUCGAUACCUCCGUCCUUGGUAUUGGUGAGCGUAACGGUAUCACACCUCUUGGAGGUCUGAUGGCCCGCAUGAUCGUUGCGGACCGCGAAUAUGUUACCAGCAAGUACAACAUCAAGGCGCUCAAGGAAGUUGAGGACCUGGUUGCCGACCUUGUUGAGGUCAACAUCCCGUUCAACAACUACAUCACUGGAUUCUGUGCCUUUACCCACAAGGCUGGCAUUCACGCCAAGGCCAUUCUCAACAACCCUUCCACAUAUGAGAUUAUCAACCCGCAAGAUUUCGGCAUGUCCCGAUAUGUACACUUUGCUAGCAGGCUUACCGGAUGGAACGCGAUUAAGAGCCGUGCUGAGCAGCUUGGCUUGAAGAUGACGGAUGCGCAGUACAAGGAGUGCACGUCCAAGAUCAAGGCCAUUGCAGACAUUCGCAAGAUUGCUCUUGACGACACCGACUCCAUCAUCCGUACCUACCACAACAACCUGCAUGCCAAGGAGGAGGUGCCUCUGCUACCGGGUAUGACAGAGGAAGAGAAGAAGAAGUUUGCCGAAGCUGAGGCCGAAUUGAACGGCGUCUCAGAGAAGCGGGAGCUUGAUGCUACCGCAGAUGCACAGGCCGAGGUGCCCGUUGCCAAGAAGAACAAGACCGCCACCGUGGCAUAAGCGCAAGACGCUGUGUAAAUAUGGGAUUUCUGGAGUUGGUUAUUUCCUUUACUACUGUCAGGGGUGUCUUUUCCGAGCAUAUCUGCAUGUCUUCCGGUUACGGAAAAGUUUCUGAGUUUUGAUACCUGGACCGAAAAGCCCAGUGGCUUCGGCAAUGUGUAUAGCAUUCUCAAAUGAUAGACAACGAAUUAAAAGCGCUUGCAAGCUAAAGGU